AUGACAGUAGCUGAUUCAAAUCGUAUUUGGAUUGACGGAUGCUUUGAUUUUUCACAUCAUGGACACGCUGGUGCCAUCUUGCAAGCUAGAAGGACCAUUGGAGACCCACAACGAGGCUGGUUAGUAUGUGGUGUUCAUAACGAUGAAGCCAUUACUUUAAACAAGGGAACCAAACCUGUCAUGAAUCAAUGGGAGAGGUACGGGCAUACGAGAUCUAAUCGAUGGUGCAGCGAAGUUGUGGAAGAUGCUCCGUAUGUGACCGAACCCUCGUGGUUAGAUAGGUAUAACUGUCAAUACGUGGUACAUGGAGAUGAUAUUACGUUAGAUGCCAAUGGCGAAAACUGUUAUAGAGUGGUUAUUGAGCAAGGUAGAUUUCUUAUGGUCAAGCGUACGGAAGGUGUGAGUACAUCAGAGAUUAUCCAUCGUAUUUUGGGUAAGUCUAAACCAGUAGAUAGAACAAGUUUACCCACUUUUGAUGAGUUGCAAAUGUUUAGUAGCGGUUACAAUGGAUACGAACCUCAUUGUUACGUCUUCGAAAACGAUUUAAAGAACGUAGUGGUGAAAGGUGGGUAUGAUUUCCAUUCCUAUGAUGGUCGUACCAAGCUUAUCACAGGAGAUUUUGAUCUCUUUCAUGUGGGACACAUCGAACAACUGUCUCAAUUACAAGGUCCUAACCAUAGUUAUCGUUUAAUUGUCGUUGUCCAAUUGGACGAGGGUAGUAUAAUGACAUUGAGAGAAAUUGCGCUAAGCCUACUAAGCUGUAAGUAUGUAGAUGGAAUACUAGUAAAGCCUAGCGCGGAUUUCCUAAAGCAAUACAGUGAUAAAUUUAUACCCAUGCAAUCGACAUUCGAUGGUCAUUUCGGCUACUUAAACAAACAAAUCAUUAUGGAUCGUGUCCUAGAAAACAAACAGACCUAUACCGAGCGUAACAAGAGAAAAGGAUUCGAGUAA